GCACGCACAGUAGCCGCAGCCGCUUCGCGCCUGGUUCCGCGGUCGCAGCUCGUGCCACCUCCUCCUCCUUAGCCCUCACUUCGUGGGUCAUUCCCUCUGGCACACGGGCUCCAAGCCGCGCUGCAGCCUCUCUCCUUAACCCGUACCAGGCCAUCCAGGUCUUCUUCCUCCGGCCCGACCCAGUCCGCGAAGAUGGUGGACCGCGAGCAACUGGUGCAGAAAGCCCGGCUGGCCGAGCAGGCGGAGCGCUACGACGACAUGGCCGCGGCCAUGAAGAACGUGACAGAGCUGAAUGAGCCACUCUCCAAUGAAGAACGAAACCUCCUGUCUGUGGCCUAUAAGAAUGUGGUUGGGGCACGUCGUUCUUCCUGGAGGGUCAUCAGCAGCAUUGAGCAGAAGACGUCGGCAGAUGGCAACGAAAAGAAGAUAGAGAUGGUUCGUGCAUACCGUGAAAAAAUCGAAAAGGAGCUGGAGGCAGUGUGUCAGGAUGUGCUGAGCCUGCUGGAUAACUACUUGAUCAAGAAUUGCAGCGAGACCCAGUACGAGAGCAAAGUGUUUUACCUGAAGAUGAAGGGGGACUAUUACCGCUACCUGGCUGAAGUGGCCACUGGAGAGAAGAGGGCGACUGUCGUGGAGUCGUCUGAAAAGGCCUAUAGCGAAGCCCAUGAGAUCAGCAAGGAGCACAUGCAGCCUACCCACCCCAUCCGACUGGGCCUGGCUCUUAACUACUCCGUUUUCUACUAUGAGAUCCAGAACGCCCCAGAGCAAGCAUGCCACUUGGCCAAGACCGCCUUCGAUGAUGCCAUCGCCGAGCUCGACACUCUGAACGAGGACUCCUACAAGGACUCCACUCUCAUCAUGCAGCUCCUCCGCGACAACCUAACACUCUGGACAAGCGAUCAGCAAGACGACGAGGGUGGAGAAGGCAACAAUUAAGGCCCCCAGGUGGACUGGCAGCGCACGCUGAUGCUACUACUGCAGUCUUUAUUUUUUUCCCAUGAGUUGGGGUCGGGUGGGGGAGGGAAAGGGAGGGCUGACCUUCCCAGGGAGAAACCCACGACCUGUCCUGUCUUUGAUUGCCUCUUUGACAUUUUUGCCAAAAUACCACUAGUGGAAAGUCAGGCUAGCUGUGCUGGUAUUGGAGUAGCAGCCUCACACGGGCAUACGGACUGUUCUGUAGGUUCAUGUAAGUGGAGCUUUGUCUUUAAUUUAACUUAUUGCUAGAUGAUAGGCAUUUAAGAUGAAAAGACGUAAAUGGAAUGGCCCUCAUUCAGUGAGUUCUGUGGUUCCAGUAAGGAUUUUUAUGUACAUACGCUCCUGUCUUAAGUUUUGGGUACUCUUCUCUCUCCUCUGUUUUAGCUGUGCAUUUCUUUCAGGGUGUGCUCUACCAGACACGGCAUAGUUUAAAUCCCAACAGGCAGACUUGAAGCAUAAGGUGUACUCACCCUUGUGGUUUAGGCCUGGCCAGUUUUUUGAAGUCUGAUUAGUGACAGUAUUAACACUAAAUUGCAGUUUACAGUAUUUCUACAUUACAGCCAUAUGUGACAUCAAGCCAUUGAUUGUGAGUUUUCCUUUGCUAGUUAUUUUGGCUUUCCAUCCUUACUCAGCUGUAUCCAGGUUGGUUUUGCUUUUUAUUUGUCUCCUAGGCUAAAAGAUUUGCCUGAGGAGAAUCAAAGCUUCUUUAGGUUUUGGUUAAUAGGUGCUUGGCAGGUGGCUGUGGGAUUUUUUUGUCUUUCUUUCCUCUUAAUGUAAACCCACCACAAAAGUUACUAAUCAUUUUAAUAGAAAUGUUAAACACCACAAAAUAGAGAAAAUUCAGGUCUGUAUGUCAUUUAUCUCAUGUUGGUGUCUCUGAAGACUCCUGCUUUCUCAGCUGCCACAACCCCUUCCUCAGGGAUCACACUGCCAUCUGUUUCCCUCUGCACUGAGCCUUCCCUGCUGCGCUUGUGGCAGGGCCUGCAGGAGGGCUCGGCAGGCUGUCGGAUUGGAGAGGCUGGGUGGUCGUCUGGAGAAAGUUGAUGCAGUGCGAGAAGUCAGGUGCUAGACGCUGAGCUGGUAGGAAACCCAAAAGGAAGAGCUCCGUUCACAGACAUCUUUCCAUUUUUAGGAGCCUCAUAAGUGUGUUAGGUUUUCCUCCUGAAACACUCCUUUCCCAAGUUCUAUAGGAGGAUAACUAAAAUCAUUACCAGGUUGUGAAUAUGUAAUUUCUGUUUGACCAAAACUUUUCCUCUGUUUUCUUCUUUUCAGUGAAAGCAUAGAAGUUGGAAAUUCAUUUCUCUUGUGCAGUCAGUGCACAGUUUUCAUCUGAAGGAAACUACAUUGCUAUUUCUGCAGGCUUGUUUUCAGUUAGCCGUAGGUUCCUCAUUCUCAUUUUGGAUAAAUCUAUCUGUAAACAUGACCCAUGGCAUGUUUUAUGUACAGUUUUACUCUCUUAGUGUUUUUUUAAAUUAAAUAAAAUCAGUAACCAUGUGGACUCCCAAGAUGGGUAACAACACCAGACUUGCUUUGUUUGUUUCUUUGUUUUAUGUAGGCAAAGAGAGGUGUGAGUAAUAAUUGAGGAAAACCCAGCAGAUGCUUUUGUAAUACUGAAAUGAAGCUUACAAUUAUGAAUAUGUUUAACAGAAUACAGGUGACAGUGAUGAUAGAGGAGUGAUGACAACUAUAGACUCCAUAUACUCUAACAUCACACAGUUUACCCAGCAUGACUUUCCUUAGAGGCCCCCUCCUCACACUAGAGCGAAAGUCCCAGUCACCCGGAGCCUCCCAGAAGGACUCAGUGGAGAGAGCUUUGCUGCUUUGUGCCGUUACAGUAGGAGCCUGGCGUGUGGCUGUGGAGGGGGCAGUGGGCUUCCCCUGAUUUCUCUUCAUGUCCAGUGAACAGUGUCGUGUUCUUCCUUGUAACAUUUGAAAAUGAUUUACUGGAAUUACAAAACCUAUUUUUCCUUUAAAUUUCAGCUUUGGCUCUGGCUGCUUUUUAGAAUAAUGCAAGAUAAAAUCAUAUGAGAGGACUAGAACUGAAGAGGGAACGGGAGACUUGGUAUUUAAGCAGCUUGAAUGGUUUCCUUUCUUUUCUUUAUUUUUAAAGAAAUGCACUUGCCUAUGAUACUGUCUCUCCAGUGAAAUGAUUACUCCUCCAUUACUCUAUUGAUACAAUAUUGUGCAUGCUAGUGUUGUAUUUCUAUACAGUAGCUUGAAAUUUAUUAACUUAUACUGUAGGUGUUAUGUAUUCCUAUGACAAAAAAAAAUUAAGUCUUCAAAUUUUUAAAAGUUUUUUAAUUUAAUUUUUCCUUUUGGGAGUAAAGUUUGCUCUACCAAAUAGUGAUUGUAACAAACUGAUCUGUUUUGGAUGUUGCUAUAGUGACAUGCAGUUAUAUAUUUUGUUUUUAAGGGGGGGGGUACAAAAGAAACACCAGUGUUAGCUUAACCUCAAUGUCUGGUGUUUGUCAUGGUGAAAUUAUAACUAUUACAGUGUAGGAGAACAUUGACUAUGUUCUCUGAAUGAGCCCUUGUGCUUUUUGUCAUGUUAUGCAGUGAACUAUUUUUAAGGUCUAAUCAGUGAUUAUUUUUCCAACUCCGUGUUUCUCUAAAGAAUUAUUUCGCACACGGACCAUUCUUAGCAGUUUUCCUCAGUGAUGGAAUAUCAUGAAUGUGAGUCAUUAUGUAGCUGUCGUACAUUGAGCAAAUAAACUUACAGAUCUGAUGUCA